AUGGGAGAGCCAAUCGCAGUCAUUGGCAGCGCUUGCCGAUUUGCAGGUGAUAGCAAUACGCCGUCGCAGCUAUGGGAGCUGCUUUGCAAGCCCAAGGAUGUGGCGACAUCGGUGCCGGCGUCUCGAUUCGGUGCUGAGGGGUUCUACCAUGAGAAAUCUGCGUAUCACGGACACAGCAAUGUCGAGGGGAUGAAGUCGUACUUUCUGUCGCAAGAGGCAGUGGAGCGGCGGUUUGACGCAGGGUUUUUCGGCAUCAACCCGGCCGAGGCAAAAGUUCUGGAUCCGCAGCUGCGGCUGUUGCUGGAGACGACGUACGAAGCGCUCGAGGCGGGCGGGCAGACGAUGGAAGGGCUGCAGGGGUCGGACACGGGGUGCUAUGUCGGGCUGAUGAUGGGUGAGUACGAGCAGCUGAUGAUGCGCGACCCGGAGACGAUUGGCAAGUACCACAUCAUGGGCACGGCGCGCAGCCUCAUGUCGAACCGGCUGUCGUAUUUCUUCGACUGGCACGGCCCGUCGAUGACGCUGGACACGGCGUGCAGCUCGAGCCUGGUGGCGGUGCACCAGGCGGUGCAGCAGCUGCGCAGCGGGCAGUCGCGGGUGGCGGUGGCGGCGGGAGCGAACCUUAUCGUGGACCCGAUAACACACAUAAGCGAGAGCAAGCUGCAGAUGCUGUCACCUGACGGGCGCGGGCGCAUGUGGGAUGCGCGCGCUAACGGGUAUGCGCGCGGCGAGGGCGUGGCGGCCGUGGUGCUGAAGCGGCUCAGCGACGCCCUGGCCGAUGGCGACCAUGUCGAGUGUGUGGUGCGCGAGAUUGGCGUGAACCAGGAUGGCAAGACGCGUGGCCUCACCCUGCCAAGCGCAGCAGCACAGGCGGCCCUGAUUCGCGACACGUACCGCCGGGCCGGGCUAGACGCGCGCUGUGCCGCCCACCGCCCGCAGUACUUUGAGGCGCACGGCACCGGCACCCCCGCCGGCGAUCCCAUCGAGGCCGAGGCCAUCUACACGGCGUUUUUUGCCGCUGGCGCCGACGACGCCCACGACGACGACAACGACGACGACAUCGACGACGCGAGCCUAUGGGUCGGCAGCAUCAAGACCGUGUGCGGCCACACCGAGGGCACGGCGGGCAUUGCGGGCCUGCUCAAGGCGUCCCUGGCGCUGCAACACGCCGUGGUGCCCCCCAACCUGCUCUUCACCCGCCUCAACCCCCGCAUCCAGCCCUUCAGCACCCGCCUGCGCGUGCCCCUCCAGCCCCAGCCAUGGCCCGCCCCCGCGCCAGGCCAGCCGCGGCGAGCAGGCGUCAACAACUUUGGCUUUGGCGGCACAAACUGCUUUGCGCUGCUCGAGGCCUACGAUGGCGGCCGGCCUCGCCCUGCCACGCCGUGCACUGCCACUCCUCCUUGCACGCCCUUUGUCUUCUCCGCCGCCUCGGAACACGCCCUGGCCCGCCAGCUCGCGGCGUUUGCCGCCUACGUCGAGGCCAACGAGCACACGCUGUCCCUGCCCAGCCUCGCCUACACGCUGCACGCGCGCAGGAGCCGCUUGCUGUACGCCACCGCGGUAGGCGCGGCUGAUGCACGUGACCUGCACACCAAGCUGCGCCACAAGCUCCAGUCUGGCGCCCCCAUUGGCGUGCGAGAUGCAAGCAGCAGCAGCAGCAGCACCACCACCACCACCGCCAGCAUCGUCGGCGUCUUCACGGGCCAGGGCGCCCAGUGGCCGCGUAUGGGCGCUGAGCUGCUGCAACACUCGCCCGCUGCCGCCGCCACGUUCGCCUCCCUCGAGACGCACCUGGCCACACGCCUCCCGCCGGCCGACCGCCCCCAGUGGUCGUUGCGCGACGAGCUGCUCCAGGCGGCUGCCUCGUCGCGCAUCGCAGAGGCCCAGCUGUCUCAGCCGCUGUGUACAGCGGUGCAGAUUGUGCUCGUCGACUUGCUGCGCGCUGCCGGCAUUACCUUUGCUGCCGUUCUGGGCCACUCGUCGGGCGAAAUCGCCGCUGCCUAUGCCGCCAACGUCCUCUCGGCCCAUGAUGCCAUUGCCAUUGCCUACUAUCGUGGCCUGCACAGCAGUCUUGCCUGCAGCCCACACGGCCACAAAGGCGCCAUGUUGGCUGCCGGCAUCACCCCCGAAGACGCCCUGGACCUGCUUGAUUCGCCCGUCUUCCAAGGCCGCGCCACCAUUGCCGCGUACAAUGCCUCGUCCAGCCUCACCAUUGCUGGUGAUGCCGACGCCAUUGACGAGCUGCGCAUCAUCCUCGAGGACGAAGACAAGUUCGCCCGCUUGUUGAAGGUGGACAAGGCCUACCAUUCCCACCACAUGGCCCCUUGCGCCGGGCCCUACGGCGACUCGCUGCGAGCCUUGGAUAUAAAGAUAUCCCCGCCCACGUGCACCUGGAUCUCGAGCGUCUCUGGGAACCAAAUCCAAGACGUUGAUCUGCAUGCUCUGGGCCAUGACUACUGGGUGCAAAACGCCGUCAAUCCCGUCCUCUUCAUGCAGGCCUUGCAGAAGACGUGCGCCUCCAUGGCAUCGAGCGAGCAUCUCUAUGUCGAGGUCGGGCCUCAUCCAGCGCUCCAAUCCCCAGCAGCCGAGACCAUCCGAGCUACCGCGGGGCGCGAAAUCCCUUACACUGGCCUCUUGAAGAGAGGCGCUCCCGAUGUCGUGUCAGUAGCCGAAGGCAUCGGGUACAUUUGGACACACCUGAGCCGCUUCCCCUUGAAUCUGCAUGCACUGGACCGCUUCAUGUGCCCCGACACUGCUGCUCCGCAACUCGUCCACGGCCUCCCGACAUAUUCGUGGGAUCAUGAUAUCGAGUAUUGGCAUGAGUCAAGGUACACCAAGGCCACCAUGUCUAGGUCAAAGCCCCACGAACUUCUUGGGCACAUGACCAGCGACAGCGUUCCCGAAAAGGAGCUGAGAUGGCGCCAGAUUCUGAGCCCCGCUGAGAUACCGUGGCUCAGUGGACACCGGCUCCAGAACCAGACCGUCUUUCCUGCUGCUGGUUACGUGGCGCUUGCAAUCGAAGCCUGUAGGGAAUUACUCGCCUUGUCGCCAGAGCUAGGGCCGGCCAAGCUUAUCAAAAUACAGCACAUCGACAUCCACAAAGCGUUAACUUUUGAUAGCGACGACUCCACCGUGGAAGCAAUCUUUUCUCUCAGUGACAUUGCUCAAGAAAAGGACACGCUAUCUGCAAACUUCCGGUACUUUGCAGCUUCGUCGGGUACAGGCCAUACGUCAGACAACGAAUCAUCGCUACGUAUACUUGUCAGUGGCUGUGUCGCCAUCAAUCUCGGCGAGCCAGCGUCGGAUGCCCUCCCAGCCAGGGGCCCUACCCCUGAUAGUCUUUUGCCCAUUCAGGCCGAGGAAUUGUAUGAGUCGCUGCUUCAAUUGGAGUACGAGUACACCGGCCAGUUUCGCGCUUUGUCCGGGCUGCAGCGAAAAUUAGGUACAGUGACUGGCUUGGUAGCAGGUCCCACCAAGGACCUCAAAUCGACUCUCUUGGUGCAUCCAGGUAUGCUCGACGCUGCUUUCCAGGCUAUCCUCUUUGCCAGGACAGCCCCAUUUGAUGGGAGUCUGUGGAGCAUGCAUGUUCCCAAGACGAUAGAUUGCAUCACAGUGAAUCUCUGCAUCUCUGAAACGCAACUCGCCCUGAGCGGCCAACAGCUACCAUUCAAUGCCUACUUGCAAGACAGAUUGGCCAAGUCUUUCAAGGGAGAUGUGGACAUCUAUCCCCCACAAGGCCACUCCGCCUCGGUUGUUUUGGACUCGGAAAAGCCCGUGCAUGCACUUAUCCAAGUCGAAGGGCUCGACUGCAUUCCUUUCUCUCCACCCACUGCUCAAGAUGACAAGGAGAUCAUGUCUGUCAUGUCGUGGGACCGUGCAUACCCGGAUGCCGCCAGCGCUGCUUAUGACCUCAGCCCAAUCCCUGAUCCGCAUGAACUUGAGCUGGCUCACUUUCUCGAGAGAGCAUCUCUCUAUUACUUGAAUCAGAUCCGACGCUCUAUCCCCACUGAUCAUCCAUGUCGAAAUGAGGGACAACCUCUGAGCAGGCUGUUUUCUUAUGCAGAGCAUAUCGAGUCCCGCAUAGCCAAUGGCCAACUGCCCUUCUGGAAGCACGAGUGGUUCAAUGAUACACGAGAGACCAUCGCCAUGGCAUCCAAGCCAUUUGAACAUGUCGUCGACUACAAACUCUUGACAAGAAUCGGCGAGAAUUUGCAUGACAUUGUCACUGGCAAGACAACGGCAAUCGAGCUUACCAUGAAGGACGACCUCCUAAAUGAUUUCUAUCCCGUCGCACUCGGCAUGGCCCAUCAUACAAAGUAUCUUGCAAGGACCGUCAAGCAAAUCACUUACAGGUUUCCCCAUAUGAACAUCCUCGAGGUUGGGGCCGGGACAGGCGGUGCUACCAAGGUUGUUCUCGACAUGCUGGGAGACAGUUUCUCGUCGUACACCUUUACCGACAUCUCGGCAGGCUUCUUCCUUAGGGCACAAGAAUACUUUAGUUCCUUCUCGUCGUCCCCACGCAUGGUGUACAAGGUACUAGACAUCAGCAAGAACCCACAGCAACAGGGAUUCACUGAGCAUUCGUACGAUUUAAUUAUUGCCUCCCAGGUGCUGCACGCAACGCCUCUCAUGAAGCAAUCUCUUUUGAAUGCAAGGCGUUUGCUCAAACCCGGAGGUUUUCUCGUCGUCAACGAAGGAGUCAACAAUGAUACCGCACGUCUUGGCACAAUUUUCGGCGCGUUUCCAGGCUGGUGGUUGGGCGCAGAGAAUGACGGUCGGCCUCUGGGACCUAACCUCGCUCUGGCUGACUGGGACAAACUCCUGCGUGACACUGGAUUUUCCGGCUGUGACUCCCAAGUACCCAUCGUUGAUGCUCUUUUAACCCCCAAUACUGUCUUUGUGUCACAGGCUGUAGACCCUCGAGUAAGCUUCACGCGCAACCCGCUAUCCCUUUCUCCGCAAGCAUUGAGCUCUCUCAACACUGUAAAUGAAGAAGCCCCCAUGGAUGAAUUGAUCAUCAUCGGUGGCGAGUCCUCCUCUCUAGCCCCGAACAUUGCCCACGAGGUGAAGCUUCUUUUGAAGGACUUCUUUGGCAAAUCGACCCAUAUCCGUACGCUGGCCGAUGUUGCAGCGGACAACGUACCUGUCUCGUCUCGCGCAACAAUUCUUGCCCUCUCUGACCUAGACGAGCCAAUGUUCCGCCAGCUUACUGAGGCUAAACUUCAAGCAAUGAAGCGUAUCCUCCAUGAGGCUGUAUCUGUACUGUGGGUUACUCAGGGGCGACGCGCUCAAGAUCCCUUUGCGAACAUGACGGUCGGCCUCGUGCGUGCCGCACUUCUCGAGAUUCCCACGCUAGAAUUCCAAUUCUUAGAUUUCGAGGACGCCAGUACCAUCAAAGCAAGAACCAUUGCAGAAUUCCUCUUGCGAUUCAAGCUUGAAUCCACUUGGGUCACUCGACGAGGCAGCAGUAAAAACGGCAGUAAUCCCUUACUCACCACAGUCGAGCGCGAGUACGUGAUUGACAAAGACGGCCAGCUGCUGAUUCCACGUAUCCUUCCGAGCAAGGAAAUGAACGAUCGCUACAAUUCCGCCCGCCGUCCCAUCUAUAAGAGCGUCGUAAUCGACGAUCACAGUGCAGACCACCAUAAGAAUCAUGACCAAAGAGUCAGACUCGGCAUACAGAACAACGAGUACUAUCUUGAGGAAGCUGGACAAGAAGCAGAUUCGGAAAUCCUACAACCAACACACUCUCUCCUCCUCGCUUGCCGCAUCAGAGGGCUUGGGUUUGGGCACAUGAGCCUUACAAGGGAUGAGAGUUACACACAAGUGACAUUGUCGAAUCAACUCUCAUCCUCAAUCCGACCGGCCCAUGAUUUGUGUCAGGCUUUAUCCAGUCGAGAAGAAACUCUCUUAAAGGACUCAGCCACCAAGGCAAGAUUCUUACGUCUUGUUAAAUUAAACAUUCUAGCGAGCGACACCGUCAGCCAUCUAUCCUCCAGCGACCACGUGGUCCUGUUGGAACCGAAUCUCGCUUUUGCAAACGCGGUGAAAAGAGAGGCUACGAUCAAAAAUAUCGGCGUGACCAUCAUAUCUUCAAAAUUGGAAAAAGGGCGAUGCAAUUUCCUUGGGUGGUUGAAGAUCCACUCUGAAGCCCCUGGACGAAGUGUCUGCAAAAUUCUGCCUAAGAAGGCUUCGUUCUUCUUGGCCUGUGAUGGCAGUCAGCCAAGUGACAUGACUGAUAUGGCCGCCCGUAUCAUCCCGCAUCUGCCGUCAGAAUGCAAUGUCACAUACUUCACUCAGCUACAUGCUACCAAAGCCUGCAUCGAACCUCUCGAGACGGCCGGCCCAACCCACGACGUCCACAAUCAAUUGCGCACAGCAGUACAGCACGCCCUGAAAGACUUAGUUCAGUUGAGUGUGGAGGGCACCGUCAUUCGUGUCGACAACAUAUCGAAAGCAGCUCCCGGCCUCGACCCAAAGCAGAAUCUUACACAUGAUCAGACUGUUAUAGAGUGGGAGGGAGUGAAGAGUGUUCCUGUCAAGCUUCGGCCAGUGGAUGACCAAAGCCUCUUUUCCGAUUCCAAGACAUACUGGCUUGCAGGACUCACUGGCAGUCUGGGUCUGUCCCUUUGCGAGUGGAUGAUCUCUCGAGGUGCUAAAUACAUCAUCAUGACUAGUCGUAAUCCUAACAUAUCUCGUGAAUGGCGGGAUAGGGUUGCUUUGCUCGGUGGUAUUGUCAAGAUUUACUCCAACGACCUCACAGAUCUAGUGCAGACCCGUGCACUCUAUGAGGAUAUCUGUUCUGCCAUGCCGCCGAUUGGGGGAAUCGUCUCUGCCGCCAUGGUGUUGGUGGAUACAACACUUGAGAAUAUGACUCUGGAAGAAAUGCAGAAGGUCUGCCACCCCAAAGUCCAGGGUACCACCAACCUCGACAAGCUGUUCUUCGACGUCGAUCUCGACUUUUUCGUGGCAUUCUCCUCCAUUGUCGCUGUGACUGGAAACCCUGGGCAGUCAAACUAUGCCGCUGCCAACAUGUUCAUGACCAGUCUGAUGGAGCAGCGCAGGAAGCGUGGCCUCGCUGCCUCGGUUAUGCACAUUGCGCCGAUAUUAGGCGUUGGCUAUGUAACAGAAAAGAGCGACAGGACCAAGACGAAUUUCCCACGUACAUCAGGCUACUCCCUCACCGCAGAACAGGACUUCCAUCAAGUAUUUGCCGAAGCAGUCGUUGCCGGACGGACAGGUACAGAGUCAACUGGAAAUGCGGAAAUCGUCAUGGGACUGCAUAAAGUCAACUCCAAUCCAGAAAAGCUGCCCUAUUGGUUCGACAACCCAACCGCGACGCAUUUCAUUUCCAACAACGAUGCCAUGGAUGUCUCUAAAGCUUCUACGGAAAAGGCUUCUGUCAAGUCUCAACUCUCGGCUGCCAAAAACAGUGCACAGGUAGCACAAAUCAUGACAGAUGCCAUGAAACCUUUCAUCUGUUCUUUGUUCCAGGUUCAAGGCGGUGCCGACCUGAGCGAUUCCCAAUUCCUGGACCUUACUUUGGAUAGGAUAGGACUUGAUUCUCUUCUUGCCGUCGAGAUCCGAAGUUGGCUCCUGAAAACCGUCAACGCCAACUUACCAGUGAUGAAAAUUCUCAGCGGUCUGUCUAUCCGCCAGCUCAUUUCUCAUGCUGUGGAUAGUGUACCGUCUACUCUCAUACCAAAUGUUUCGUCAUCCAAUUCCAACGACUCGGCACAGCCCAAUGGUCCCUUUGCUUUGCAAUCUGAGGCAAUCAAUAGUAUUGAGAGCAGUGACAAAAGUGUCGUUUCUGAUUAUUCAUCGUCAAAUUCGACCGAUACCAAGCGUUCCAGCUCCCCGGCUAGCUCCAAUGCAGACAUAUCCAUUAUGUCGGCUUCCAAAGACUUGGAUCAUGCAAUCUCUACCACCAAGACUACGGAAAUCGCGGUUGAGAGAUGGACGGAGCUCUCAUUCAGCCAAACAAUGUUUUGGUUCGUUCUAAAGUUCCUGAAUGGUAUGGCUGGGCUGAACCAUACUGGUCUGUUUCGCAUGACAGGUCCUCUCCGCAUCGCAGAUUUGAAGAGGGCGGUUAUGCAACUUGGCAACCGUCAUGAAGUGCUGCGCACCUGUUUCAAGGCAUUCGAUAACCGGCCGCAACAGGGCAUCAUGGAGUCUAGCCGGUUGCGCCUGGAACACAGGCGCAUCUCCAGCGAGGAGCAAGUCAUGUCUGUUUUUGAGGAGCUGCAGAGCUAUGCCUACGACGUGGAGCUUGGAGAAUGCCUACGAAUCAUCCUCCUCGAGCUGUCUCCAGAAGUUUAUUUCCUCCUUCAGGGUACGCAUUCUUUGGUCUUGGACGGAAUAUCUGGAUCGAUCCUCAUGCAAGAUUUGUUGCGUCUGUACGAAAACGAUAUGUCAAUCGCUGAGAGCACUGAUAUCUACCAAUACUCUACAUUUGCACAAGCCCAACGCAAGGCUGUCGAGGACGGUAGGCUUGAGAAGAGCCUGCGGUUUUGGAAGGAGCAGCUUGCCCCAUGCCCACCACCACUACCAGUUCUGCGCAUCUCUGCAGCCACGACGCAUCCAGUAUACACCAAAUACCAGAACCAGCGAGUCGACCUGACUGUUGAUUCUGCAACGAAAUCACGUAUUUGGGAAAUCUGUCGGCGCUGCAGGAUCAGACCGUUUCACUUCUUCUUGACCGCGUUCCGUGCAUUGUUGUCGCGAUAUGCAGAUGCAGAAGAAGUAUGCAUUGGUAUAGCUGAUGCGAACAGGUCUCAUGAAGGUGCUAUGGAGGGCCUUGGCCCAUACAUCAACCUCCUACCUUUACGCUUCCCUAAUAGUGCGUCGCAGAAGUUUGAAGCCGAGCUUCAAGAGACCAAAUCCAAGGCUGAUUCCGCCUUGGCCCAUUCAGAUGUCCCAUUUCAGCUUUUGUUGAACGAGCUCCGCGUAUCUCGUUCUGCGACGCAAUCGCCAAUUUUCCAGACCUUCUUCGACUAUCGCCAGGGAAUGCGCAAAAGAGAGUCUUGGGGAGAAUGCGAACUGGAAUUGCUGUCAUUCCAGGCUUCCGAACUCCCUUACGAUCUUUCUUUUGAUAUCAUAGAUGACUCCGGAACGAAUACAUGCCACCUCAUGCUGAUCGCCCGUGGAGAUAUAUACAGCAAGGAAAACGUUGAGACGUUGCUUGAAAGCCUCAAAAAGAUGAUUCAUGCGUUUAUCGACACUCCUAACAGCGCCUUUGUCGAUCCAGAUAUCUUUGACGCAGGGAAGAUUGAGAAGGCUCUUCAAUUUGGGAGAGGAGAUGCUGUUCGUUCCCAAUGGCCGUAUGAAUCGAUCGUUGGCCGCAUCCAGGACAUGGCAAACUCGAUGCCGAAUGAGGUGGCGCUCAAGAUGCCAUUCGGGGGCAAGUCAAUGACGUACAAAGAGAUGCUGAAUAAGUCUCAGUCCAUUUGUGCGGCUCUUUGCGCUAUGGGAUGCACUGCAGGCUCCAAGGUUGCGGUAUAUCAAGAGCCUACACCCGACUGGCUCUGCUCUGUCCUUGGUGUCCUUGGCGCCAGAGCGGUCUGCGUGCCGUUUGACGCCGGUACACUGGUCAAACGCCUGAAAGAUAUGGCAGAAGACAGCAAAGUCGCCUUCAUCCUCGUCGACUCAAAGGUGGAGGACCAAGCCGUCCAGCUGCUUGAGACUAAUAGUGUCUGCAAGAUCAUCAACGUUGAGCACGUCACCGAUGAUUAUCCUACGGCUGGACCGCUCAUGUUGCCAAGCGCAGAGGAUCCAGCUAUGGUUCUAUAUACCAGUGGUUCUACUGGUGUUCCCAAAGGCAUCGUUCUGAAGCACAUCGGUUUCAGAAAUUGGGCCGAAUUCGUUCCUCCCUUGUUCAGAUUUGGAGAGAGAGACGUGGUUCUCCAACAAAGCUCUUCCGGUUUUGACAUGGCGUAUCUUCAGGCUUUCUUCGCUCUCUGUUAUGGCGGCACAGUGUGCAUUGUGCCCCGUGAGAUGCGGGUAGAUGCUCGCGCCAUCGCCGACAUCAUUGCUUCCGAGAGUGUCACCGUCACUUGCGGCGUGCCAUCUGAAUACACCAACUGGCUUCAGUAUGGAAGCAGCCAGAGUCUCAGUCGUGCCACGCACUGGAGAACGGCAAUGUGCGGUGGCGAACCGGGUACAAACAUUGUACUUGAGCUGCAAGCCACUCUAGGCCCUCAGCCACCACCGCGGUUCUUCCACAUGUACGGCCCAACUGAGAUUACUUUCAUCACAACGGCCAUGGAACUAUUCUAUGGGAGCGCCGAGAAGACUCCUGCUGUUGGUGGACCGUUCUCCAAUUAUUCAGUCUAUGUUCUAGACGAACAGCUCCGACCAGUUCCGGCUGGCGUUCAAGGCGAGAUAUACGUGGGCGGAGCAGGCGUGGCUGCUGGCUAUCUAGCCAAUGAACAGAUGACUGCUGAGAAGUUCGUCUCGGACCCCCAUGCCUCGCCUUCAUUCAAAUCUCUUGGAUGGACUACGAUGCACCGCACUGGAGACAACGGUCGGUGGCGCCAGGACGGCGGUUUGCUCAUUGAAGGCCGUAGGUCUGGCGAUACCCAGCACAAGCUUCGGGGGCUUCGUAUCGAUCUCCAGGAGGUGGAAAACGUCAUGCUCAAGGAGUCCAAUGGUAUGCUGAGCGAUGCCGUGGUCUCUGUUGUCCGCACAUCGCCCUCGAGCCCCGAAUUUUUGGUUGCCCAUGUCAAAUUCUACCCCCAGCAUCGCCCGUCUGAGGCUGAUGAGCAGCGGGUUCUGAACCAGUUGUCGUCAAAUCUCGAAUUGCCGCAGUACAUGUGGCCAGCCGUCACAGUAGCUGUUGAAGAAUUGCCCAUGAUGAGCUCAGGGAAGUUGGAUCGCAGAGCGGUUGCAUCAUUGCCGCUCCCGGAUUUACCUCAAUUUCACGACGAUGUCGAUUCGACAGAUUUGACUGAAACUGAGUUCCGGCUGAAGGAAUUGUGGCAAGAUGUCAUAUCCAAGGAUGUCACUAAGCUGCACCGAAUUCAUGCCCACGCCGAUUUCUUCCAUGCUGGCGGCACAUCUAUGCUGCUUUUACGCCUACAAUCACGGAUUCAACAACACUUCGGCCUUGAAAUACCAUUCGCGCAAAUGUUUGAGGCUAGUACCUUGGGUAGCAUGGCAAAGCGUAUUGAAAAGGGAAGGGAGUCGAACGUGGAACAAUUCGAUUGGGACGCAGAAACGGCGAUAUCGGAACCAACCGUAUCGGCGCUGACUGACGCGACUUCUCCUAUCGUUUCGCCGCCGAAAGUGGUGGUGUUGACUGGAGCAACUGGUUUAGUUGGUCAGGGGCUCCUUCAAGCCUUGAUUGAGGACUCAAACGUUGACAAGAUUCAUUGCAUCGCAGUACGCAAUGUGAGUGCGCGCAUAGCAUCGCUCCCGCUCUUCAAACAUAGCAAAGUCAUCUUGCACGAGGGAGAGCUUAGUCUUCCAUUGGUUGGCCUGGACGAUGCCGAAGCCAAGGCAAUUUUCCAAGAGGCAGAUUGCAUCAUUCACAACGGAGCUGACACUUCUCACUUCAAAACAUAUCAGUCAUUGCGAGCGACAAACACAAUUUCGACGCAAGAAAUCGUCUCCAUGUGCCUGCUAGCCAAGAAGAAGAUACCAAUCUCGUACAUUUCCACCGCGAGCAUAUUGCAGUACUCUGGGUUGGAUGAGUUUGGCGAAGAGUCUGCAGCGCAAUACCCACCCCCUCCGGACGCCUUUGAUGGGUACAGCGCGAGCAAGUGGGCGAGCGAGCGAUAUCUGGAGAGGUUGCACGAACAAAACAACCGGACAUGGCCCAUAAGUAUUCACAGACUUACCAGCGUGCAACGCCGGGUGCGCUCCACGGAGCCAAACUCAGACACUUCACCUUCGCCGUCCAGCAACGCCGCCCUCGAAGUAGUAGGCAAUCUCCUCCAAUACUGCAAGCUCGCCAACGCCGUGCCUCUCUCGUCGAACCUCCGUGGCUCCAUGAAUCUGACAUGGCUGGACGAUGUGGUGACGAGCGUCAUGCGCGCCAUUCACACACCCUCGUACAACGGCUCCGGCGAGUCUCCACUGCGCUACCUUCACGACCACGGUGAAACAGACAUCUCCUUUUCCAAUAUCAAGGCCUAUGUCGAUGCGGAAACGGGGGGAGAUGCCCAGGUGCUCCCGCUGGAGGCGUGGGUCAAGCGCGCAGCGGAAUUGGGACUCGACCCAAUGCUCGUAGCUUACUUUGACAUGGUUGCCCGCAUGCCGCUUGUCGUUUGGCCGCGGUUGGUGAAAAAUUGAAGAAGCAGUGUUACAAGCUAGGUAACAAUGAAGGCCGCAUGGUACCGUGCCGGACGGUCGAAUGCCCCGCUGCGCC